UGUUUCUGCUGAUAUAGAAAAUUGUUGUAUUCAUCUUACUUGGUAGCUAGGGUUUAAGUUGAAGGGUUUGGCGAAGAAGAGACACAGUAUCGAUCGAGUGUGUUCAUCACUCAUCAAACGCACAAAAGAUGUCACUUUGGCGCCUACUCGUCCUCCGCUCCCUCCGCCGUCCUCCCGCCGUCCAACCCAUCUCGGUUACCGUCCGCUCCUUUGCAUUUUCCUCCGCCGAAGAAGCCGCUGCUGAGCGCCGUCGACGGAAGCGCCGUCUGCGCAUCGAGCCUCCCCUGAAUGCGAUUCGUCCUCCCCUGCAGCACUCUCCUUCCCGUGACCCGAACGCUCCUCGUCUUCCUGACUCCACUUCAGCGCUGGUGGGACCUCGCCUCAACCUCCACAACCGCGUCCAAUCCCUUAUACGUGCCGGCGACCUAGAUGCCGCCUCUUCCGUCGCCCGCCACUCCACCUUCUCCUCGACUCGUCCCACCGUGUUCACCUGCAACGCCAUCAUCGCUGCCAUGUACCGUGCCAAGAGGUACAACGAGGCUAUUGCUCUCUUUCACUUCUUCUUCACCCAGUCAAACAUCGUUCCCAAUAUUGUCUCUUACAACAAUGUCAUCAAUACCCAUUGCGAUGAGGGUCGUGUUGAUGUUGCUCUUGAGCUUUAUCGCCAUAUCAUUGCCACUGCCCCUUUCGGCCCUUCUGCGGUUACCUAUCGCCAUCUCACCAAGGGUUUUAUCAGCGCCGGUCGCAUUGUUGAAGCCCUUGAUCUCUUGCGUGAGAUGUUGAAUAAAGGUCACGGUGCCGAUUCCUUGGUUUAUAACAACCUAAUUUCAGGUUUUCUCGAACUGGGCAAUCUGGACAAAGCCAAUGAGCUCUUUGAUGAGCUCAAGGAGCGGUGUUUGGUGUAUGAUGGGGUUGUCAAUGCUACUUAUAUGGAAUGGUUCUUUAACAAUGGCAGGGACAAGGAGGCCAUGGACUCGUACAAGUCUUUGAUGGACAGACAGUUUAAGAUGACCCCUGUCACUUGCAAUGUCUUGUUGGAGGUCUUGCUUAAACACGGCAAAAAAACACAGGCUUGGGCUCUGUUUGAUCAGAUGUUAGAUAACCACACCCCACCUAAUUUUCAAGCUGUAAACUCUGAUACCUUCAACAUAAUGGUUAAUGAGUGCUUUAAUCUGGGCAAGUUCCAUGAAGCACUGGCAACUUUUAGGAAGGCUGGAACUAAGUCAAAUUCUAAGGCUUUUGCAAUGGAUGUUGCGGGCUACAAUAAUAUCAUCUCCAGGUUUUGUGAGAAUGGGUUGCUGUCCGAAGCAGAGACACUGUUUGAAGAACUGUGCUCAAAAUCUUUGAGCCCAGAUGUGCCCACUCACAGGACUUUGAUUGAUGCCUACAUGAAAAUGGAAAGGAUCGAUGAUGCUUUGAAGGUAUUCCACAGAAUGGUGGAUGCCGGUCUGAGGGUGGUCACCAACUUUUGUAACAGGGUGUUUGAUGAAUUGAUUAAGAAUGACAAAGUUAUUGAUUGUGCACAUAUUUUGAGUAAAAUGGGUGAGAGAGAUCCCAAACCAGACCCCACUUGCUACGAAGUUGUCAUCAGGGGACUGUGUGCUAAAGGUUUGUUGGAUAAAAGCCUAGAGUUGCUGUACCAGGUUAUGAGGUAUGGUGUUGGGGUUACUAAUUCCUUGAGAGAAUUUGUGACUGAGGUUUUCAAGAAAGCUGGGAGGGGUGAUGAGAUUGAGAGACUGCUAGAUUUUAACACUCCAAGAUACCGUCCUCCUCAAUUGACAAGACAACCUUACCCAACAUCCGGGUCUCCUCCACAACAAAUGCAGCCCCCAUCACUGCCUUCUGUUCAAAUGGCUGGAGUACAUAACCCAUCUCCUGGGUUUAUGCCUCAAGUGGCAGCCCAGGAGCACCCACCACUGCCACCUCAAAAUACUGGAAUGCAUCAACCUUCAUGGGGAGUAUCUCCUCCAAUGACUGGGCCUCAAAUGCCAGCAGCUGGACCUUCACCUCAUACCUCGGGACUGCCUUACUCCCCUCCAUCUGAAUUUCAAACUCACAUGAAAGGGGUGGCCCCUCAAAUGUCAGCUAACCAUUAUACACCAUCUGCACCUUCACCUCAAAUGGCAGGACAUCAACCUUAUGGAACACCGAGCGGGCCCCAACAAUAUCCACCAUCAGGAUUGACUCCUCCAUGGGGAGGGCAGCAUCAUCCACAGUCAUGGUCGUCUAUUCCCUCCCAUGGAACAUCUGCUAAAAUGUCAGCACUGUGUAAUACAGCCCCAGGACCAUCUUCUCAGAUGACAGGACCAUAUAACCCAGCAUCAGGAAUCCCUCCUCACAUUCAGGAACCACAUCAACAGCAAUCAGAAGUCCCUGAACAGGUAGCAGCAUGGAAUUCGAGUUAAUUCUUAGGAUUGCUGGUUCUCUUUUUAAUUAAGACAAGAGUUGCUCUAUAAUUUUAUAAGUGUAGUGUGAUGCUGAUUACCAGUGUUUGAAACACCGGGUAUUCUGAAUUUAUAUAUGAUGAUACAAAAUCUAUCUUGUUUUAGUAAUGCAUGUCUUCUAUGACAUGUCAUCUUAAUUUUUUCUUGUCAUUCAACCUUUAAUAUUCAACAAAAGUAUUUGUAUUUUUGCA